AUGAAGUUCGCAAAUACGCUGGGCACGAUCCUAGCUGCUGUGGUAUCGGUGUCAAGUGCACCAACACCAGAGCAGCAAUAUGGCAAUAUCGCAGCUCGACAGCAAGGAGACACCGUGUACGGAAAUUUGAUGUUGGACGCAACUGCUGAACGCUUCACAUUCAAAUACGCCACAUCCGAUCCAUUCUCAACAAACUGGAUAGCUCUAUAUCCAGCCGCUGGAGGUGGACCCGUGAACCAAGAAUAUGUAUCGCCAUCGACAGUGUGGAAAUACGCCCCGGAAACGGAUGGAUCGGUGUACCUGUCGACGGAAGCAUUGCAGCCAGGCGAUUAUCAAGUAUACUUCCUAGCACGAGAUGGCUAUCGGUGGCUCGCAGAACCCAUCAAUGUGACGCUGUCGGCACCGCCUGCUGAACUCAAGUUUCCCGUCGAAACUGCUGCGCUGCACAAUGCCAGACAAUUGGAGGAUUACGCGGCUGAAGUCGGUGGACUCUUGCUUGGUAAGGGUGACGACCAAGUGACAUUCGAGAAAAUCGACGGCGAAGACUGGAUCAGCGUUAGCGAGGACGGCAAGUUGACCGGGAGGCCUGGAAUCCUCAACAGGGAUGAAUCCGUUGUUACGGUACGCGCAACUGCCGAGAAUGGCUCGACUGCGACGAUGAAGCUCAGAAUUCCGGUACGAAAGGCGUGGCAAUCGCUCGUACAAGACUUAAGGGUCAUGGCGUUCAAUCUCUGGCACGGAGGUACCAGAGUCAACAACUUCCAGGAAAAGCAGCUGCGAUUCAUCUUGGAAUCCGGCGCAGACGUUAUUGCACUGCAAGAAGCGAGUGGCAGCCAUGGCCAAAGACUUGGCCAAGCACUAGCCUGGUCCUACUUCCAGAGCACGGGAAGCGUUGCGAUAAUCAGUCGGUACCCCAUUGUAGAGCGAUAUGGCGAGAUCUCUGCAUCUGGAGGAGUUCGUAUCCACAUCAAUGGUAAUAGAAAGCUGUCGCUCAGUCCAACGGAGAUCAACGUCUGGAGUGCGCAUCUUGGAUACACGCCGUACGGCCCAUAUGACUUUUGUUUCGACAAUAUGACCAAGGAAGUGGUUAUGGCGCGGGAAGCCGAGUCCGGACGUACGCCGCAGAUGACUGCUAUUCUGAGCGGCAUUCGAUCGCAGCUACGAAAUUCGAGAAGAGUCCCGGUAAUCCUGGCUGGGGAUUUCAAUGCGCCCUCGCAUCUGGACUGGGUGCCGGCACUCGCUGAGAAGAAUUGUGGGAUCGAUAGCUUCGACUGGCCAACAUCAAUCCUUCCAACUGCUCUUGGACUGAUCGAUUCCUUUCGAGUGGCGAAUCCCGAUCCAGUGGCUGUCCAGGCUACGACAUGGAGUCCGCUGUACCCGGGACACAAUGGCGAUUCAGGUCGCGCGGAACCACAAGAUCGCAUCGAUUUCGUCUACCAUACUCGAGGACGGCUGAGGGUCGUCGGAUCGAAAGCCAUUGUGGUUGGAAAUCCCAGGCCGUACCCAAAGCACGCGCAUAACGAAUGGACAACGGACCAUGCAGCCGUGCUGACGCACUACCGCCUGUGA